UGGGCAGCUCUUCCCUUGAGGUAUCCCUGGACCAGCCAGAGAAGAAAAAGUAGAGCUAAAGUGCCAGGGUGAGACACAAUGGUGGAAGCCGAGUUCACUACAAAGGAUGCCUACCUGAGCCACUUCAGCCCUCAAACUUACCUGGAAAAGUAUUACACCUUUGGAUCCAGCCCCUCUCCAGAAAAUCAGAUUCUGAUGCAUGUCCUCAGAAGACUUUUCAUGACGUUCUCUUCUGGUAGGGUGAAGGGAGACCUCCUGAUUGACAUUGGCACCGGCCCCACCAUCUAUCAGCUCCUCUCUGCCUGUGAGUCCUUUAAAGAGAUUGUGGCCACUGAUUACACUGACCAGAACCUUGAGGAGCUCAACAGGUGGCUGAAGAAGGAGCCAGGGGCAUUUGACUGGUCUCCUGUGGUGAAAUAUGUGUGUGAGCUAGAAGGAAACAGAGAGAAGUGGACCGAGAAGGAAGAGAGGUUGAGACAGAAGGUCAAGCACCUCCUGAAGUGUGAUGUGACCCAAAGCCAGCCUUUGGGCCCUGUCUCUCUGCCGCAGGCUGAUUGCUUACUUUCAGCAUUGUGCCUGGAUGCUGCCUGCAAAGACCUCCCCACCUAUCAGCAGGCCCUGAGGAACCUGCACAGCCUGCUGAAACCUGGAGGGUUCUUGGUGUUUAUUGAUGCCCUGAGGAGCAGCUACUACAUGAUUGGUGACCAGAGAUUCUCCAGUCUCUCCCUUUCUCGAGAGGCUGUGGAGGAUGCAGUGGUGAAGGCUGGUUACACAAUUCAAGAGUUUGAAGUCAUUCCUCAAAGCUACUCCAAGACCAGAGCAGACAACGAAGGGCUUUUCUACCUUGUGGGGCAGAAAUUUGGUAAUUCUGUAGGAUUACAAAGUUAACCAAGCUGUUCUUUCUCACUUCAUCAAAACUCAGCUCUUCCAUAGUUCUUGAUAAAACCUCUUUGUACAUUCUUCCCAGGAGGCAUGAGAUGAGUUAUGGGCAACCUUCGGGAAGAUGGACUGAGUAAACUCUUCAGAUGGUACAUUGUAAGCACUUAAUCUAUAUUAAAGCAAUUCACCUGUUUCACCCAAA